GUCAGCUAUGACGACCAACAAUGCUGUAACACGUCAUCUGAUGAGUUACUUCCAUAGUUGUGGGUUUCUUUCCCGUGUAGAUGGUCCGCCUGAUCCAUCACUCUACAAAAUUCACCCAAGGUUCCUCCAUCCGCUGAAAAUGGUCAAGCAGUACAUCGCCACGCCCGAUUCCUCAACAGCUCCCCCGAAACUGAGGCUUAUCCGCCUUGGCUCCAUCCUCAGCAAUGUAUCUGAACACAUGCCACUAAACAAAGGCCAGGUCAUCGACGUCGCCCAACAAUUACCGACUGACCGCAAGAGAGGAUUCGAGGAGUCCCGCGACGAUCUUCUUGGCCAUCACAUUAGCGUCCUUGGAUCCGGCCACAAUAUUUGACAGCUUGCCCGGGAUAUUCUGUCCACCAGUGUUGGAAAGGGCCAACGGGACUCGCUUCAUCCUCAUCAAGUUUACGCGCCGUACUCUGCCACUCAAGCUCUGGACUCGGGGAUCUCUGGACAAUGUAGACAUUACAAUUGUACAGGUGAGUGGUCUUCUUCUUCUUAGUUAGCACCUAUACACUCAUGCAACCUGUUAACUAGUGUCCAAUACAAUAACAAGUGAGGAACAUAGCCACGGUGGCAUCGUAGAAGAAAGGUUUUCACCGCAUUCGCGAAGGGGAUCACAAGAGACCGGCUUCUCAUUGCCGACGUUGCGACACCAUAGUCUGCAAAGUGGACGUGACAGGUGCCGGCCCCCCUUGUGGUGUUGUAGAUCAGGCUGCCGCGCCGUAUGGUACUAAAGAGCGCCCCGACAUGACUGUGGAUUUUGCUAUCGAGUCAGAGCAAGAUGCCCAUACAAAAAGGCUUUGAUACUUCGUGCUGGGCGAUGUCGGCGCGAUCGCAGGAAGGUCUUUAAAGUCGCUUCCUAGCUUACAAGUGCGCGAGAUUGUUGUUGUUUUUGUACACCAGUCCAGGUCCUACACACCCACACCCCAUUGCCCGGUGGCCCUAGGCCGCAUGCCAGAUUCCAGGCCGGCGUCAGUCGGGUGAGCCUAGACAUACACGGCAUACUGCAUGCCCUAUUCGGACAUCCCUUAAAGCUAAACCCUAGGAGUUAAGCUACCAGCUUUGACGCUUGGCCUAUGAGAACCCACAGCAAGGUGAGGAUUUCCGUC